AUGGCCUCAGGGGUCAAGGUCACACAGGAACUUCUUCUCACGCUGGCCCUCGGCCAGGUCUUAUCACUGCUCAUCUGUGGGAUUGGCCUGACCAGCAAAUACCUGGCGGAUGAUUACCACGCAAACACCCCUGUGUUCCAGUGCUUUCUCAACUACAUCCUGCUGUUCCUGGUCUACACCACCACACUCGCAGUCAGGCAAGGAGAAGAGAAUCUGCUGGCGAUACUGAAAAGAAGAUGGUGGAAGUACAUGAUUCUGGGAUUGAUUGAUAUAGAGGCUAAUUACCUGGUCAUCAAAGCCUACCAGUACACCACACUGACCAGCGUUCAGCUGCUGGAUUGCUUCGUGAUCCCUGUGGUGUUGCUGCUGUCGUGGUUCUUCUUGUUAGUCAGGUAUAAAGUGCUGCACUUUGUGGGUGUGGGCGUGUGUCUCCUGGGCAUGGGCUGCAUGGUGGGCGCAGACGUCAUGGUGGGCCGACAGCAAGGCCUCGGGGACCAUAAACUCUUGGGGGAUUUAUUGGUUCUUGCGGGUGCAACGCUCUACGGCAUCUCCAACGUAUGUGAGGAGUUCAUCGUAAAAAACCUGAGCCGGGUCGAAUUCCUGGGAAUGAUGGGUCUCUUUGGCUCCUUCUUCAGUGGUAUCCAGCUGGCCAUUAUGGAGCACAAGGAACUUCUGAAGGUCCAGUGGGACUGGCAGAUUGGGCUGCUGUACAUUGGAUUCAGUGCGUGCAUGUUUGGCUUGUACAGUUUCAUGCCAGUGGUAAUUAAAAGAACCAGCGCCACAGCGGUGAACCUCUCUCUGCUGACAGCCGACCUGUACAGCCUCUUCUGCGGCCUGUUCCUGUUCCAGUACAAGUUUUCAGGGCUUUACCUGCUGUCCUUCUUCAUCAUCAUCCUGGGACUGGUCUUCUACUCAUCCUCCUCUACCUACGUGGCACAAGAUCCUCGCGUUUAUAAACAGUUCCGCAACACAGGAAACGCUAUCACAGACACGCCCACUGCGGGGCCCCUGGAGCCUUCAGUGACCUAUACGAGCCUGGGUCAGGAAAUAGAGGAGGAGCCUCGCGUAAGAGUAGCCUGAAGGGGGCGUGGUCUCUCAAAACCAAUCAUCAACUGCCGGGCCCAGCAGUAUGUAGAAAAACGAAUGAUAAUGAUCACUGAAUGAUGUAAUUAACCACGUAGCAAACAAGUACACUGUGAUCACGAACUGUCAAUAGGUAGCAGUGACUUCUGUAUAUCUGAGAUAUCAGAUCCAUCAUGUAUAGAGAUGAUUUCACCUCAUUGCCUCUUUCCCAACGGCAAAUUAAGUGUUUAGAAGGAUUCGUGCUGACUGUUUUGUCCAAGUGCUCAAUUGUGAAUGUUUUAUUUUCUUAUACGAGCACAAAUGGUUCACUGUAUUUGAAAGCUUGACAUGGUCUGUUUCACUACAAUUUCAUGAAUAUUGUACAUUUUAAAUGAGAUCUAUCUGUCGACAUCUCUGCAAAACUUCAUUCUGAGUUUUACAAUGCUGAUUUGAGCCAGUGCCUUGCCAUGUAAUGUUACUGUGGGUUACAUUAGCCAAUGAGAAAUCAUGACUCAAAAACAGUGUCAUCAAUACUGGACGUCAUGUCAUUAUUGCAUAUUGUAUUAUAUCUGCUCAAAAAUUAUAAAUAUUUCAAUUUGUCAGUCUGAAAUACGGGGGGGAUUUUACACCUUUCUUUAACUGUUAUACCAUAUACAUUUUUUAUAUUUGUCAUAUUUUGUUUAAAUUAUGCCAAGGGAACAUGCAUUUGUAUUAAAUAUAAAAGUCUGUGUAAUAGCAAUUGAUUGUAAACUUGUAAACUAUUUUACUGCACUUGUCUUUGUUUUAAAAGCAGUUUAUCAUCUUGUUUGGAUAAAAUCCAAUCCAAUACAUGUAAAGCUAUUC